CUCGCAGCCGCCCUGCCUCCGCGCUGGCAGGCCCCGCUCGCGCCCCGCUUCGUCCGCCCGGCGGCCCUCCGCCCCUCCCGCGCUGCGGCGCCAUGUUCGGAGGCCUCCCCCCCGGCGGCAGCGUGGGAGGGUACGGCGGCGACAGGGGCGGCGCGGCGGCGGGCUUCGGCGGCGCUGGAGGGUACGACGUCGGGCCGUUCGGGGGCGCGGGGUACGGCGGCGGGGCGCCCACCCAGCAGUCCGGGCUCAGCGGCUACCUCGCCAACGACGGGCAGGGCGCGGCCGCUGGCGGGGCGGGAGCUGGGCCGCAGGACGCCCGGCAGGGCCAGACCCUGACCCCCAUCACGGUUCGCAUGCUGGACGACGCGGUCGAGCAAAGCCGGGCCACGGGCGGCGGCGGCCCCGACGGGCAGUAUUUCGUCGGCGGGCGCGCCCUCGGCAUGAUCACGCUGGUUGCUUGCGUGGAGUCGGUGCAGCAGCAGCCCAUGUUCAAGGACUUCCGCUUGAACGAUGGCACCGGCCGCGUCAACGUCCACCGGUACGUCGACGGGGAGGCGACAGCGGAAGACUUCGCGGUGGGGCAGUACGUGCGGAUCUUCGGCCACGUGCGCGAGUGGGCGGGCCAGGUGGGCGUCAACGCCCACCGGAUCAGCGCCGUGGAG